GCUCAGGAGUGUUUUGCUUUGUGGGAGGUUUUUGAGACCGCUGAGGGUCGUUGGCGUCUGUCGAACGGCUUGUGGAAGUCUUGCUGCUUUGGGUAGGGGGUUAAAUUCGUUCUCGAGAGGAACGUCUCAGUCCGAAGAGAAAAUGAGUUUAGCUCUGAGAAAUGACCUUGUAGUAGACAAAACAAAGAGGAAAAAAAGAAGAGAACUCUCUGAAGAACAGAAACAAGAAAUUAAAGAUGCUUUUGAACUAUUUGACACAGACAAAGAUGAAGCAAUAGAUUAUCAUGAAUUAAAGGUGGCAAUGAGAGCCUUGGGGUUUGACGUAAAAAAAGCUGAUGUACUGAAGAUUCUUAAAGAUUAUGACAGAGAAGCCACUGGGAAAAUAACCUUUGAGGAUUUCAAUGAAGUUGUGACAGACUGGAUAUUGGAAAGAGAUCCACAUGAAGAAAUAUUAAAGGCAUUUAAACUAUUUGAUGAUGAUGAUUCUGGUAAAAUAAGCUUGAGGAAUUUGCGACGUGUUGCCAGAGAAUUGGGUGAAAACAUGAGUGAUGAAGAACUUCGGGCUAUGAUAGAAGAAUUUGAUAAAGAUGGUGAUGGAGAAAUAAAUCAAGAGGAAUUCAUUGCUAUUAUGACUGGUGACAUUUAAAGAAUUACAAGGAUAAACACUAAGAAUGUUGCAGUUGUCAUCUUAUAUUCUAUUUUUGUGCCUGGAGCUGUGUUAAAAAAAAAUCUUAGUUUGUUUUUCCGAAAGGACCAAAAAUAAGCAUCUUAUGUAUUCAUAUUUUACUACUGUUAAGUUUCUUAUAUGAAUAGUAUUGUUAGUACUCUAAUAGUUUAGCUUUGUAUUUUAUAGUAUAGCUUUUAUAUAUAAAGUUAAAACAUUGAAUCAUGUGGUACACAUUUUUUGAAGGUUUUUUAUUUAGCGUUCAUAGUCACUUUUGUUUUGGUGCAUAUGUUUUUCAGACUUUCUUUAAUAAAAUGUUUAUUUUUUAGUGUAUUAAAA